AUGGAAGCCCAGGUAGAACGGCUCAGUCGCGAUGUACUAGCACUCAUUGACGCCGGAGGCUCUGGACCGCGUGUCAUUAUCGGAAUAUCAGGUGUCCCGGGCUCAGGAAAAACCACUCUCAGCACAGCCGUAUCUGCCCGGAUCAAUGAGCUCUACAGGGAACGUAGCCGGUCCUCGCAAAGCAGCAACGAUGCUCCUCCAGAGCCACUGGCCGUAUCCAUUUCCAUGGACGGCUUCCACUACUCUCGGGCUCACCUGGCCGCCAUGCCCAAUGCCGCCGAGGCGAUUCACCGACGCGGCGCCGCCUUCACGUUUGACGCCGAGGGCUCCCUCGCCCUCAUCUCCCGCCUAGCCGACGACACGAGCGCCCGCGGCGUGAUAUACGCACCCUCGUUUGGCCACGAGAUCAAGGACCCCGUCGCGGACGCGGUGGCCAUUGCGCCGACGUCGCGCGUCGUGCUGGUCGAGGGCAACUACUGCGCGCUGGACCGGGAGCCGUGGCGGCGCGCCGCGGCGCUCAUGACGCGGCUGUGGUACGUGGACGCGCCGCCGGCCGUCGUGCAUGCCCGGCUCGCUGCCCGCCACUUGGCUAGCGGCAUCGUGGCGGAUGAGCGGGAGGCUUGGGAGCGGGCGACGGGUACCGAUGAGCUCAAUGCCCAGGAUAUCCGGAACAAUCUUCUUCAGGUGGAUGAGAUUAUUAGUGCUGAUCAGUUGACCAUCAACUAG